AUGGCCUCCACCGCUGGUUUCCCCUUGUCACUGCACCAAGAUGAGCUGUCGAUCCUGCUCCUGUCCGAUUCCGAGGACGAAGAUGCGCCUACUACCCCAAGGGACACGCUUCACGCCCGCGAGCCGUCCAGGGCCGACUCGAUGGAACAGCACGAGGAAGAAGCCGCACGCAAAAAGACCAAGGAUGCCGCUGCUAACGUCCCGCUCCACCCAAUCCCCGCUAUGCAAUCCGCCUUUGCUGAGUCCCUGAUUGAAGCAACGGCCAUUCCAACGGUGCAGAAGCCAAAGUUAAGGUUCGGCGAUGCCAAAGAGCGUCGCGCGCGUCUGAUAGAUGCCGACAAGGAUGCGAAGCUCCACGCUGACAUAUGGCGGUAUCGUCCCGGCCAGUCUCACCACGAAAUAUGGAAGCUUAUGGCUCAGAUCGCCUUUGGCGUGUAUCUGCUUCUCAAUGGCAUUGCCAACAGCAACAUCCAGGUCGUCAAUAUCUUGCAGGGCCACAUUGAUGAGGUCGACGAGUUCCUCGAGGUCACCAUGGAGGACGUCAAGCUCGCCCUGGAGGACAUUCAGGAGCGUAUCGACUUCUUGAAACUUCCCAUGCAGAACGUGGCCACUUUUGAGAAGAUGCUGGAGGACCGUGCCUUCCGACUGCAGAUCGUUACGGGGAAUGAGAAGAUUGAACAUAUCGUCAAUCGGACGGCCCUAGCGCUGAAAGCGAACGUUACGGAUAUCGAGGAAGGUCUCAAGUCGACCAAGGAGUUUGCUGUGUACCUAGGCGACCAGCAGCACAGACCUUGGAGGACCACGCGCCCAGACGUUGUCGACAUCUUCGAUGCCAUGAAGAGGAACGCAGAAGGCUGGUAUAAGGCCUUCAGCGACCUCCGAGAAAGAGCUGUAGCCCUCGACAACCUUCUCAUCAAACUCGGCCAGAUGGUGGCUGAUAUGGACCGCAGAGCCGGUGAAGUGAGCAGGCGAACGAGGGUAAGUCCCAUGAGCAGCGCCUACGAGCUCAGCAUAAGAGCCAGUGCAUUGAUGCCCCUGCAGUUCAGUGUUGCGCCCUUCUCCGGCCUGACCGCAGACGCUUCACGCACUUCUGUCAUAAGCCCUCAAACCUCGCGCACUUCUGUUCUCAGUCCUCAGGCCUCGCGCACUUCGGUCCUCAGCCCUCAACAUUCGCGCGCUUCCAUGCGCAGCGCUCCAGUCACCAGCCCUCAGGCCUCAACGAAAUCCUCUCAAAGGUCUUCGUCAAGCCGGGCCCAUUCUGGGUCCUUCUCCUCACGGCCUGAAUCGGGUGCACUUGGGACUCGAAGCCCAUCCCAAAACUCGCCGCCUUCGUCACCCACAGCGAGGGAUACGCUCCCAGAUUUUCAGUACAAACCCAUGCAACGGCGAUCUUCUGUUCCCAAGAGGGCGCCGGUCCUUGAGAUUGAUACGGGGUCAGAUGUCACAGAUGACCCAACGGAGGCUUCAAGACCUAGCCCCAUUGAGGAGGAGGGACUGUACAUCCUGCAACCGCGUACUUAUACGCCUCAACCACCAGCGCCGCUCCCCUCUCCAAUGGUUCGAGACCCGCCCGAGCCGAAGCCACUGUCGCCGCCGCCCACUCAGCAGCAAGCGGAGGUUCCCAGAAGGACAUCUCUGCGCCAAAGAUUAUCACUCAAAGGCAGCCAUCCUCCCGAUUUCAUUCAGGUGCCCCCGAGGAGUAGCAAGCGCCCCGUUCACCAGUCUCCUCGGGUGCAAAUCGCGGAACAGGCGCAGGUCCCGGAUUCGGCAUAUGGCUCUGAUGUGGAUGUUCGGCCUCCCUUUCACUCCGUGGCUGAUCACCUAGCCGAUUUGUCACCACCCGUGUUCCCGCAUACGAUCCCAUCCCCGCGGAGUGAUCAGCAGUAUUUCCGGCCUGUGCAAGCGAGUCCUCACUCGCCACUCCAGCGGCCAUGGACAGCGGCGCCUGCGGCCAUCCCCCGGCCCCAUACCUCGGCAACGCAGUAUGCAGGCCAUCAGCGCAACGCCCCUUCAGCGAUGGGCAUGAGUAUGCUGAGCAACGUCACGACGAUGCGCUCGGAGAACAAGACGCUCAAGAAAAAGAGGAGCGCGUUCGGGUGGCUGAAGAAGGCGUUUGCGCUCGACGAGGAUGAGCGUGCUGCAUUCGAGGCCAGGAAGCUACAACAACAAACGGCGAAUCCAUACUACGAAGGGCGCAGCCCCAAAUUCAUCGACGGCAAGCGCAGGGAAGAUUUCAGACGCUACUGA